AUGGAUGUGAUUGAGAAGGUAGAAAGAAAGGAUGAGCGUGGCAAUACCAUCCAGUAUUCACUAUACAAGGGCUUUGUAUUUCCUCCCGUUAUCUCGAGUAACAUCCGGGACUUGGUAAUCAACACUGCCCAACUUAAAUGUCGACAGGAUGAUGUGUUGCUGUAUACUUACCCCAAAUGCGGAACACACUGGAUGUACAACAUAUUACGUAUGUUUCUCACCGGAAACCUCACAUAUGCCGGUACUCCGGUGUAUCUGGAGUUUUUCGAUAUUGAUGUCAUAAACAAUAUGCAAUCUCCAAGGCUGUUUGCAACUCAUCUAGAGUUAGAUUUGCUUCCUGAUGACAUGAAGAACGGCAUUGGCACGGUUGUCAACAUAAUCCGGAAUCCUAAAGACGCUGCUGUCUCUUACUAUUGCUUUUUGACCUCUUUAAAGAAUGUUGGAUUCACUGGGGGCUUCGAUGGAUUUCUAAAUUUCUUUCUAAAGGAUGAAUUUUUCUUUGGAAAUUGGUUUGCUGUCAUCAAAGACUGGCUGGAUAUUAAAAAGAAGUACCCAAAGAUGAGGACUCUUAUGCUUUACUAUGAAGAUCUGAAAAGGAAUACACUUUCAAAUCUGGAAAGAGUUCAGGAAUUUCUUGGAAUUACUAGCGAUAAGGAUUUCUGCAAAAAGGUGAUGGCUUGCACGGACUUCACAACAAUGAAACAAAAGCACAAGGAAGAAUCAAAAAGCAUACAGGAAUUCAAAGAUUUUAGUGAAGACGGGGUUCUUCCUGUGUACAGGAAAGGUGAGAUAGGGGACUGGAAGAGAUGGUUUACGCCAGAACAAAGCCAACAUUUUGAUCUUAUUUAUAAAGAAAAAAUGCAAGGAUACGAUGUAGAUAUAGUAUUUGAGUGA